GUGAGCACAUCCUAAAAGUCUUACCAAGCUUGUCUGAGCUGGUACUUCAUGAGGGAGCAGAGCCGCCACCGCCUCCAGUUGCAUUGAAGACUCAGACUUGCCAAUGCUGGUCCUGCUGGGAAGGCUUUUGGAAGCCCAAGACGGAGAUCCUUGCAAGGCGUGCAGGAGCAACUGUACGUGACCAGCAACUUCAGCUGGCAAAGAUGCGAAGCCACACACACGCAGUCAUCAAGCACGAGGCCCGCAAACGUGUAUCUAGGCUGAACUGGGCCAACCAGGCAUAG